ACAACACCUGAUAUCAAAUGCUGUGAAUUCCAAGUUAACAGCCUUCCAGCACAACGACCGCUGGCCGAUAUUGCGACCAUUGAAUAAUACUCUUUCCAUAGCCUCUUCUUGGCCGUCAACACCAUCGGUAGACGCAAUUCUUUGUGCGAGAAUGUCUACUGCUCCAGGUAUCCUGCGAAAGAAAAUACGAGUGACCGUCGUCGCUGCAGACGGACUAUCUAAGCGCGAUGUUUUCCGGCUCCCAGACCCUUUCGCAGUGAUAACUGUUGAUGCAGAGCAAACCCACACCACCAGUGUCAUGAAGAAGACCCUCAAUCCGUAUUGGAACGAAAGUUUUGACAUCAUCGUAAAGGAUUCCUCGGUGGUUGCUGUUCAGAUAUUUGACCAGAAGAAGUUUAAACGAAAGGAUCAGGGCUUCCUUGGUGUGGUGAAUGUGCGUGUCAGCGAUGUUCUGGAUCUUGAAUUGGGCGGCCACGAAAUGCUCACACUGGAUCUCAAAAAAUCCAAUGACAACCUUGUAGUUCAUGGCAAACUCAUUAUAUACUUGUCCACCAACAUCACGCAGCCAAUACCGAAUCCCGGGCCUUCACAAGUAUCAAACCUCAAUACUGCGUUUGCGGACAUGGGUCUCAAUAACACUACUUCCCCUGGAGCCAGCACCACCAAUUUAACAGAACCCAAUGCCAAUAAUUCGGUAUCUCUGUCUAGGACACCCAGUUCCCACGCCUCAGGCACAGAUGCUACUGCAACCGGAUCCCAGGCUCCUUCCUCACCAGACCCUGAACAACCACCCUCUCCACCGCCUUUGCCGCAGUCAUCCUCAUCCCGCCCUACCAGCUCUGUUGGUACCUUAGCCACCAACCCCUCGACACCUGCAGCGAAUACGACAAAUUCAUCAACGACAUCGGGUAAUAUCACUGGGAACGCUCAGAUGCGCAACUUCGAUCCUCACAUUGAUCAGUUUGGCCCUCUUCCUUCCGGCUGGGAACGUCGAAUCGACCCUCUUGGGAGAACCUACUAUAUUGACCACAAUACUCGAUCCACGACAUGGAAUAGACCGUCGUCCAACGCCACCGUCAAUAGUAGUGUUCAGAACAAUGAAACCAAUGCUGCACGGGAUCAACAUUCGCGUCGGAUCCUUGCAGAUGACCUUCUCGAAGCCAACAAUACUAGCCCUGCUUCGCAACGAAACUCUACCACUGCUGCUAAUCCUUCUAGCCCAGCACCUGCCGCUACGGCCACAAAUAACGCUACCACGCCGGGUGCGGGGAGCCUUCCUCAUGGAUGGGAGGAGCGCUUUACCCUUGAGGGUAGACCAUACUAUGUCGAUCACAACACCAGGACCACAACCUGGGUCGAUCCCCGUCGACAGGCCAUCAUACGUGUCAUGAGCCCCAAUGGUCAAGGCUCGACACUGCAACCCCAGGCUAUCUCUCAACUGGGACCUUUACCCUCUGGUUGGGAGAUGCGCCUUACAUCGACAGCUAGGGUUUACUUCGUUGACCACAAUACGAAGACUACUACAUGGGAUGAUCCACGGUUGCCAUCGACCUUGGAUGCAAAUGUACCACAAUAUAAACGGGACUUCAGGAGGAAACUCAUUUAUUUCCGAAGUCAACCCUCCAUGCGUGCACAGCCGGGUAAUUGCCAAAUCAAGAUUCGUAGGAACCACAUCUUCGAGGACAGUUAUGCAGAGAUCAUGAGACAGACGCCUAAUGACCUUAAGAAGAGAUUGAUGAUCAAAUUCGAUGGGGAAGAUGGAUUGGAUUAUGGGGGUCUUUCAAGGGAAUUCUUCUUCCUCCUUUCUCACGAAAUGUUCAACCCGUUCUAUUGUUUGUUUGAAUACUCGGCCCAUGACAAUUAUACCCUACAGAUUAAUCCUGCGUCGGGCGUUAAUCCUGAGCACUUGAACUACUUCAAGUUCAUCGGACGAUGUCUUGGAUUGGGCAUCUUCCAUCGACGGUUCCUGGAUGCCUACUUCAUCGUCAGUUUCUACAAGAUGAUCCUCAAGAAGAAAGUGACUCUUUCGGAUUUGGAAUCGGUUGAUGCUGAACUGCAUAGAGGAAUGACGUGGAUGUUGGAGAAUGACAUUACCGAAAUUAUCGAUGAAACUUUCACGACGACAGAGGAACGCUUUGGAGAGAUGGUUACAAUCGAGUUGAAGCCUGGCGGAGCUGAUAUUCCAGUAACCCAGGAAAACAAGAAAGAUUACGUCGAUGCGAUUGUGGAGUACCGUAUCUCGAAGCGGGUCAAGGAGCAAUUUGAUGCUUUCAUGUCUGGAUUUAGCGAGCUCAUACCCCAGGAUCUCAUCACCGUAUUCGAUGAACGCGAACUUGAGCUCCUCAUUGGUGGCAUGUCGGAGAUUGAUGUUGAUGACUGGACCAAGUUCACUGAUUACCGUGGCUAUGAAAUGAAUGAUGAAGUGAUCCAAUGGUUCUGGAAGUGUGUUCGCGGUUGGCCACCAGAACGCAAAUCACGACUACUGCAGUUUGCCACGGGCACUUCACGUAUACCGGUGAAUGGAUUCAAGGACCUCCAGGGCUCCGAUGGGCCCAGAAGAUUCACGAUAGAAAAAUCUGGAGAUCCUAGCCAACUGCCCAAGAGUCAUACAUGUUUCAAUCGGAUCGAUUUACCACCCUAUAAGGACUACGCAAGUUUGGAGCAAAAGCUUACUCUUGCAGUCGAGGAAACUGUUGGAUUUGGGCAAGAGUAAAAAUCGCAGGCUGGACACUAUCUCCGUCAAUUUUCAGUUGAUUAAUCCGUCUUUUGUAUUGACACGAGUUUUUCUGCUCCAUUAGAGUACAUGUACAUACCUAUUAUAUGAAAUCAUGAACCACU